GGUGGAAGCGGUCAGAUCAGUGGCCAGAUUGCAAGGACGGGGGGGACACCGAUUCACAGCCCACAAAGUGCUGCUGCAUAGGGCAGAGGACGGACCGAUUGCAUUGGUGCCGCAGCUCCCCGCGCUUCUCCCUCCCGCUGCUUCUCUCAACUUCCAAGCUAUUCCCCCUGUCCCGUACUAAAUGCCUCCCUUCUUCUCCUACACCACCCUCCCCUACCAGCUCACGGAGGGCCCUUAUCCCAUGCGCGAGUUCUCGACGUAUUUGGUGGAGCUAACUGACGUGGAGCCGCUGCCCUUCGGCGACGAAGACGCGUGGGAGUUGCACCAUAGGCUGUACACGUCGGUGGCGUUGGGGAUGUUCUGGUUCUUUGUGGAUCACGAAGACCACUGCAUCGGGGAGCACUUCGUCGUCUACUACGUCAUCACACGGCCCAAGCCAGCGGAGAAGGAAGGGAUGGUGGCGCUGUACCCCUUCGCCAAGCUCCAGACGAUCGAUCCGGGAUUGUUGGAGCUCAUACAUCUUGAGGCCCCUAAGAAGACGCCGAAGAGGAAGAGACGCCACCCGUCACCAAGAGCGAAAGGCAGCAGGAUCGGCGGCGGCGAGGAAGUGAUUCAGCCCGCGCGUGUGGCUACGCCCGUUAAGGAGAUAGUCGUGCCAUCGCUGCCCUUUCCACGUGUGCCCGAUCUCAAUCUUGAUGGAGCCGGGCCAUCAUCAUCAGCAGCAGCAGGAGGAGGAAGCCGAAUGGGAUUUCCGGAUCCCAUAUCCAGACCCCCGUCCUCGCGGGACCUCUCCGUUCCCGCCAGCCACCCCGGGGUGCCCCGGUCAUUGACAUUAGUAGUUCCUCCGAGCCAGACGGUCCAUCCGACAGAGGUGGACUUCAUGGUGGAGCCCACCACCAUCACGCUCAAGGCCAUCGCGGGGGCGCCGCGCCCUGAUCCGGCCUGGGAGCCAUAUCUAACACCCCCUUUUCAAGGGUGUAUUGCGGCGCGAUUGGCUGGGACUCUCAUCUACGAGACCGGGCAGCGUCCCAAUGUGAUGUACCACUUCCUUGUCUUCGCGGCGCGGAAGUGGGAGCGGCGGCCUUACACCGAGACUCAUGUGGUGAUAGCGGGUCCGGGGCCCCGAUCGGUGCGCAAACGGGUGGUGCGAGCGGUGGCGGAUCUGGCGCCCCGUGUCCUAUCUCAUUUGUCGGGGGCUUUCCUCUAUCCCUCGUUCGUGCAGCACCACUUCCAUGAGGAAGAUGCGCCGAUGACUUCCGCGGUAAUGGCCGCUUUUCUUCCGCCUAUUCCGCCCCCUCUCAAUCCUGACAUAGAUCACUUCCUCUGAUCACCCCCGUCUACCUUUCCCCUGUUCUCUCCUUCUCCUUCUCUUUAUCGCCUUCUUCUCCUAUCCCCAAAGUUUGCG